UACAAAAAAUACUGUAAAAACUAAUUCAGAUCAUUCGAAUGAAGACCGCAAUAUGUCGUCUGGUUACGACGAGGGACCAGUUUAUUACAGGGAAAUACAGAAAAAUGCGUAUCUCAAAAGGAUACCGAAUGAUAUCAGCACAAGCAAACUUCGGCCGUUGGGACACAAGAAGCCACCGCUCAAACCAAUGUGGACAUUGUUCUGCGUACACAAUGGUAGGACUCCAUUCCUCGAACAAUAUCCUGAGCCGGAUUCCCCAGCAACUCUUGCUCACAGACCGACAUGGCGAGCCUGCCUUCGAACAGCACGACACGUGACAGCCAGUGUUAAACCGCACGUGGGAGAUGAGUACGACUUCCUCGUUGAUACAGAUCACGGACCGGUUAGGAUGCUGGCUCCUGAUUGGGACUCAAUGCAAGAUUGGGUGACCUUACUCCGUACGAAGCUUCACGAGCUUCGCAUCUUGUCUCGGGGCGAGAACGUGUAUGGGGCUCCGCCAGCGGCCCCGCUACCUCGAGCUGCGGCGCGGGACCCGACCUCCCCCCUCCCCCCCACACCGCCUGUACCCGUUGACAGGGUACCAGGAAUCGACCUAACACCAAUCACGCGACCGUCAAUAGACCAACCGGCAGACGCACAAAAUACAACGCAAACAACCGCUAACCCCCAACCAGAACCCCCCACGAACCCCCCAGAAACCCCCACUACCACACAAAUCCAAUACCCGAACACAUCCCUCAACAACGUCACGAUAAACUCAUUGUCAACAGAUGAUUCAAAUAUCGACAUAUCAAACUGGGAACCAUUUUCAUUGCCAAGUACAAGUAGAACGGAGCCCAAGAAGAGUGUAGCAAAGAUCUGCGGUCAGAAUAUAUGCCUAGAUGAUUCAUUGUUCAAGAGAAAUGUGACAGAUAGCGACGAGGAAUUCUUCGCUGAAAUAGAUAGACAGGAUACUGAUUUUGAUUUCAAGCAAAGGGUUGUGGUCAAUAAUGGUGAACAUUUGGAUAAUGGUGACAGGUGACUGUCACCUCAAAGAUCGAAUGUAACAGUCAUCCAGGUAUCAAACAAGGGACCCCCUCACACCGCCAUACCAGUGUUAGGACCUGAAACGGAUGUAUUCGACUUUGAUUUUAAACAGAGCCUAACAAUAACGCCCCAGGAAGACAAAAACAAUUUCAUUAACAUCGUCAACACAGAGGCACAGAAUGAUAAUAGCUAUGGAACUGUCUUUGAAAACGGUUCAGACUAUGGCCACUUAAGUCUGACGACGACUGUCAACUUAACAGGACAAGACGUUAGGAUGACAGCUGGCAACGAUGAUGGCCUUUACGAAAGACUGUGUAUGGCGUCGACGUCGAACGUAACGCCGUCUCCUUUAUCGAUAAGGCGGUUGAGAGCGUCAAUAGUCAGAAAGACUUCACUACCGAAUUUGGACACUGAAUCGGACUACGAGUGCCUAUUCCCUAAUUCUAGUCAAACUGGCAACACUCAAAAUGGUAGGGUAAAUAGUGAUGUUAGGAAUAAUGUGGAUACUAGUGCAGUGGUUACGAGGUCGAAUGUCGAAAGGUCUCAGAGUCAGAACGCGUAUGAUGCAGCUCCAAGACGCGAAGCGAGAAGAGAACAGAAUAGCAGUCCUAAGAGAGAAGUUAGAACUGAAAAACCAGAACUGCCCCAGCAGAAACCGAUAUGGAAGAGGGGCUUGACGGAGCUCUCGUUAUUGAGUAGGUUAAGGGGUAUCACGCAAAUUAAGAGGCAGGAAAGUCCGACAAGGCACGAGGAAGACGGACCAGCAUCGCCCGGCAAAGUAGUGCAUAGAUCUCGACCGGUCGGCAGAGUCGAUAGUUCCAGACGAAGAAGUAACUCUUUGACUAAUUGCCAGCCGGCCCAGCCCGCAGCGCUGCAGCCGCUGCGCGCCCAGCAGGCGGCGGCGCUGAGAGCGGAGCAGCGGCGCGGCGCGUGCGCGGCCGCCGUGCUGCCGGCCCGCGACGCGCCGCUGCUGUGCGACUACGAGCGCUGCGUGUGGGUGGCACGUUGGGCGGGCGUUAGUGGGUCCCGUGUGGGCGGGCGGGUUGGAGACCGUCUCGCUGCGUUGGGCGGAACACCCGUAGCUUCCGCUCUACAGGCGAAAAGAGUUCUCAAGAACUUACGUUCUCCGCGGGUGGACAUUCUGUUCCACCGAGUGCCGCUUGCGAAGAUAUACGUUAUAAGUAAAAUGGAGAACGAGGGCUUAGGAAUAAAGCUGGAUAACGAGUGUUGUAUAGUAUCAGUGGAGCCCUCAUCUGCCGCCGGUCGGGCGGGUAUCCCUCCUAAGGGCCGCUGGGCCCUAACUGAGGUCAACAACCGACCUAUCGACCUCCUCAAGGGUGGCGAAGAAGAUAUGAACAGGCUAGCGUCUCAUGGAACCGAAGUCUCCAUUCUAAUACAGCCUGCAGCUUUUGUGAAGAAAAUACGUGCAGCUUUGAAAGCUAAUAAACCUUUAUUAGGACUGAGAUAA